AUGGAACAGUUCACUUGGCCAUGGCAAUACAAUUUCCCGCCAUUCUUUACGCUGCAACCAAAUCUAGCGACACGUGAGAAGCAGAUUGAAGCCUGGUCGUCACUGGUUCUUCAGUACUGUCAACAUUUCAAAAGGUUCGACUUGGAUGUUGUUGAAGCGCAGCACUCUGACCUGUUCCAAAAUGACAAGAUCAAUCACAACCUUGAAUGGUUGGAUAAACAAAAGAGUCGUUGUCGCAUAUUCUGGCGCUCUCCAGCGGAUUGGGGGAAGUUGAUUUAUGACUGGAUAGUUAGCACUGGUCAGCUCCAGUCCGUCUGCACGUUGUACGAAUUGGCGCACGGCGAAGACACCGUCAACGAAGCUUUUCACGGAAUAAGUGAAGAAGUGCUGACAGAAAGUCUGAAAACUUUGGAAGAUACGGGAAAAGCUGAAAUCAUACGCUCCGAUAGUAGCGUCGGCGGCUACGUAUACGCGCUUCGUCCGACUCCUGAGAUGUGGACUAAAAACCUUCUGAAAAGAACUCAGGUGCUGUACUUGAUGGACACUAGUACCGUGGUGUUGCAUCUAGAGCUGAAGCCCGGAUCAGUGGUUGUGGAGGCCGGUUGUGGAAGUGGUUCGCUGUCACAUGUAAUGCUGCGCACGAUUGCCCCUCAUGGGAAACUGUUCACCUUUGAUGUGAACGCUGAACGGGUGGAUAGUGUGCGACGCGACUUCGCAAAGAACGGCUUCGAAGCAAUGACCGUCGUCGAGCAGCGCGAUGUGUGCAGUGAUGGCUUCGGAGUGACCGAAGUGGCGGAUGCGUUGUUCCUUGACUUGCCUAGACCGUGGGAGGUGAUCCGACGAGUCAAGACUGUGUUCAAGCCAAACAGGGUGUGUCGCUUUGGCUCGUUCUCGCCGUGCAUUGAACAGGUGCAGAAGACAUGCGAAGCUCUGCGAAAGGAGCGCUUCGUAGAAAUCGAUGUUCUUGAAUGCGUCGUACGUUACUACCGCGUAUCCAGUAUCACCAUGCAAACUCCGAGGGUGCUAACGACGUCAAGCAGACCCAUCGAGCCGGCGCGUAAACGAUUUCGCGCCGAGUCGCAUAAAGCCCAGGAUGACAAGCCGGGGGAUGGGACAGCGCGAAAUUUGACCGUGGUGCAACAGCAGAAUCCAAAUCCAAGCUCCUUCCUGACUUUCACCCCUGAGCCGCCCGAGCAGCCGUCGCACACUGGAUACCUGACGUUCGCUACCGUACUGCCGAGACGGCAGACGACUGUUGCUGAGGAUCACUCGUCGGAUAUAGUGGCAGUGACACCUCUCUUCAAUCGUGAAACAAGCAAUACGAGUUGA